UCUCUCCUAACGAGCUGAUGAUCUGAAUCAGGUGUGUUAAAUAAAGGAGACACACAACAUGUAAAAAACACUGAUCUAAACCACCAGCAGCACAAACUACACCAGAGAUCUUUAGUUCUUCAGAACAAACCCAGACUCUGACACAAAGCACAAUGAAUUUUGCUGAUUUCUUCUACACUGAAAAUCCUAAAAUGAGGGAGACGCUUAUCCGCAAAAGUCAAGAGAUUGCAGAACUGAUGAAGAACAACUUCAGAGCAACCAACCAACUCAUUGAUGUUCUGCAAAAACACUUAGGAUUGCGCUUCAAUAAAAUCACCCUGAAUGAGAGCGCUACUGUUAAGGCCAACUGCGAUGUAUUAAUUCAACGCAUCCGUGAGAUCCAGGAUCAGCUAGAGAAGAUUGACAAGGAGCUGAUGUAGAUGCUGGAACCUGACUUAUAUGAGAAACUGAAGAAAUUAAAUCUGUCUAUUCCUGAAUGUGCAAAAGUUUCAGGAGUUCUUCGUGGAAUUCAGUUUGGUGUUGCAUUCCGUGCAACCCCUUUUGUAGUCGGUUGGCUAUUUCAAAUGAUACCGACUCUGGCAAACAUAUCGGGCACAUGUGGACUCAUUGCAACAGGGUUAUUAGGCUGUGUUGUCUUUGGGGUGCUAUUCAUGGGGAUCGAUAUGAUCUUUCAGGGCAUUCUAGGCGGAAUUGAGCGUUGUCGGCAUAAGCAAGCUCUAAAAGAGUAUGAAGAUGCUUUAGAGGAUUUCAGGCCGGCUUCUGAAAAAUAUCAAGAUGGCAUAAUCGAAGUCAAGUUGACUAUUCAACUUCAGGAGAAACGGAACUUAUUUUCUUAAACAUCAGCAUCAUUG